CAAGAGCAUUGUCCAGAAAACCUGUCCGGCUGGUAGCACGUUUUGCUGAAGGUUGAUUCUAUCUUCCCAAACCCUAACCCGGAGGACGCCCACUUGGAGCUAGGCCACGCCCAUUUGGAUCUGGCUCCUGGUGGAAAAAUCCGACAACUGAUCUCUGUGGGCGUUUCUAAAGGAGCCGUGCUCAGAUACAUGAGUUUUCUUGUUCGACCUUCACUUUAGGAGCUUGGUUUUUUUUUUGCAUUAUUUCAGUGCAACACGAUGGCAAAUGAAGCCAGGCCAUGCCCGUGUGACAUUGGAGACAGGAUGGAAUAUGGCAGUCUUGGUGAAGAGGUUCAGAUUGAGCAUGUUAAAGCUUAUGUGGUGAAACCUAAAGCACCAACCGACAAAGCGGUCAUUGUAAUUCAGGACAUUUUUGGAUGGCAGCUCCCCAAUACACGAUACAUGGCUGACAUGCUUGCAUCAAAUGGAUAUGUUGCUGUUUGCCCAGACUUCUUUCUUGGAAAGGAGCCAUGGAGUCCUUCAAGUGACUGGUCAACAUUUCAGGAGUGGCUUAAGGACAAAAAACCCACCAACAUCAAUAAGGAGGUGGAUGUGGUUUUAAAAUACCUCAAGAAACAACGUGGAGCUAAAAGCAUUGGGGUGGUGGGGUUCUGUUGGGGUGGAGUGGCCACACACUACAUAGCCCUCCAAUAUCCUGAAGUCAAGGCUGGAGUUUCAGUCUACGGGAUAAUUCAAGAGCAAGAGGAUCGUUAUGAACUCAAAAGUCCGACUCUCUUUAUCUUUGGCGAAAAAGAUACAGUAAUACCACUUGACCAGGUUACAUCACUUGAGGCAAAACUGAAGGACACGUGCACCGUUGACUUCAAGGUGAAGAUUUUCCCCAAUCAAACUCACGGAUUCGUUCAUCGUAAACGAGAAGACGUCAACCCAGCAGACAGACCGUACAUUCAGGAGGCCCGGGAGGACAUGAUUAACUGGUUAAAUAAGUACAUGUAAAAUUAAUCAGGUGCAGAUAGUCAAGUUUAACGUGAAUGCUUACCCCAAAUAUUGUUGAUCACCCAAGACGUGUUUGGUGUCUAAGGUUCAUGCUGCAUCCGUGAGACUGCUGUAGUGUAAUGCAUGACUAAAUCAUAACACACUUUUGUCUUGAAAAGAGAUUUGGCUGAGCGAAAAGAGAUUUGGCUGAGCGAAAACAGUUGUACCUAGUUAUAAAAUACCAUAAUAAGUUAAUUUCCCCUUCGAAAUAAGCAGAUUUAAGAAGGUUUGCUUUUGGAAUCUCUUGCUAUUAACCAAGUAUGAAGUCCAAAGAGUUGUCACUGCCAGUGAAGCAAUCCAUCAUUAAGCUGAAAAAUGAAAACAAAUCCAUUAGGGAGAUAGCAAAAACACUAGGUGUGGCCAAAUCAACUAUUUGGUCCAUUCUUAAAAAGGCAGAACACACUGGUGACCUCAUGAACAACCACAGGUCUGGAAGACCUCGGAAAACAACGGAGGGGGAAGACAGAAGAAUUCUUUCCCUGAUAAAGAAAAACCCCUUCACAACAGUUGGCCAGAUCAAGCACACACUCCAGGAGGUAGGCGUAUCCGUGUCCGAGUCAACAAUCAAGAGAAGACUUCACCAGAGUAAAUACCGUUGGUCUGCCGUAAGCGUCAAAGAGAGGAGGACUAAAAGAAAAUUAAAAACCACCAAAAAUCCUGUAAGUUCUGAAGAAUCCUACGAACAGAUGGAACAAGAAUCUGCUUUACCAGAAUCGGAGGAGGAGACAGGUAAAGAGGAGGAAAAGAACUGCUCAUGAUCUGAAUUAUACCACCUCAUCUGUGAAGCCUGACGGAGGCAGUGUUAUGGUGUGGGCAUGUAUGGUUGCCAGUGGAACUGGUUCCCUUCUAAUCAUUGAUGUGACUGCUGACCAAAGCAGCAGGAUGAUUUUGAAAGUGCACAGGGCUGCGUUAUCAGAUUCAGCCAAAUGAUUCUAAACUCAUUGGAUGGUGCAGAUGGACAAUGGCCCAAAGCAUACGUUGAAAGCAGCCCAAUACUUUUUUAUGGCAACGAAAUGGAAGUUCCUCAUACACUAAUGAUCGAAGUUAGCAUACUAAAGUUUAUUCUCGGAUAGUGGCAUGUCCCAAAGGGUUAAUUGUUCCUCUUGCACCAUAGCGAUUUGCCAAAGAUUACAGUGGAAACCAAUUUAUUCAUGAACAACACAUUGUGCUUCUUAAUCGGUUAUACCUGGAUAUAAUGCUGUGGAACGUCAGUGAGUUAUGUUAUUUGCGUUAUAGGGAGGGAAAGUGAAACACAGCGAUCCUAGUGGUAGCGUUCCUAAGCCGAGAGCCAUACUAUUGAAAAUCCCAUAGACCCGAUUUUUAAAAAAAUCCCACGAAGUUAUGACGUGGAACUUGUACACCCCCCAAAAAUAUGUUGUAUAUGUUGGGAUUAUCUACUAACGGUGAAAGUAUCAGGUGAAAUUUCGCUGUCUUUUAAAAGAUCGAAAUUGCGCCUAACCUGUCAGAAACGGACUACAACCAAACUGUCUAGUCAGAGUCGCUCAUAUUACGUCAGCAGUAGGCUUAGCUAUCCCACGACCGGAAAGAUCUGUGUAUUUUGAUCAUGCUUUGUUUUGUGCCAGACUGCAACCACCGGCAGUUGACUACAUUCCCUGAUCUGUAAUGGUUAUCCCCACGAAGGAUGCAUUUCUUAUUGGUACAGAAAUACUCCGCCAACCACGCUAUACAAAUCGGCAUGUUGAUGUAGGCUACUCGCUGGCCGCCACCUGCUACAGAUUUGGAAAGGCGCUAGACUUGCGGCGACGUCGGGUCCGUGUAGUCUUUGAUCAGCUUAUUAAAAAACAUUCAAAACAAUUCAAAUCGGUGGAUAAAAUAAAGUAUGAUCACCAGGAUCGAUAGAGCUGCUCAACAUGCACAACAUAUGGAAGCCAUUGUCUUAACUUCGAAGUGUAACCCGAAAUGUAAUUUUUUGAAAAGAUCUUCCCAUUCAUUUUGCCAUAGAGGUUGGAACGCAUCCAGUAAGGGCCGAUGAGAUUACUUUCCCUCCCUAUAAGAGCUAUAAACAGUCUUCCCUCUCCAGCCUUUUUUUUUUUUCCUUCCCCUUCUCUUGAUGUUAAGACAAAAAAAGGCAGCUUGUUACAUUUCUGAGAAACCAGUGUGUUCUUGUGUUAAAGACUUUCCCAUGAUGGAAAACUUGUUUUAAACUGACGCUGGAGAUUCCUUCCUUAAAUGUUAAAUAAAUAUCCCCAUACAGAAAGCUUCAUUAAGUAAAUUGAUUUAAAAAAAAUGUUUUAUUAGCUUUAGAUCUCUGUCCCGUUGUCUUUUUAUAUACCACAUGUAAUCUAAAGAAACUUCAGACCCUGUGCUCUUGUGAUUUUUUUUUAAGAAUGGUCAAUCUCCCUGUUUUUGACUCCUGAUACACCGGAGGCUAUAUCAUGAUGUCCUUGUUUCAGAUGUGCAGGUUGCUUUACUUGUAGUGGUCCGAACAGAGAUGUGGGAGAAGCGGGAUUUGUUUUUAUCAUAAUGAUUCCUGUGAGGUUUUCCUGGUCUGACCUGGGGUCAGUGAAACAACAUGGAUGGUUCUUGAACUAGACCCUAAUCAGAAAAGAAAAGGAAAAACAGUGAACAGCUAGUGAUCACUACAGUAUGGGAAAGUGUCCUGGACAUCACCUUCUGUGAAACCGUACAAACUCGCUUCAGAUAUAGCCAAGAGAUGAUUGAAGUACCAGGUAUAAAGCGAUGAGGGAGGGUAGAGAGGUCACUCAGUACAGCUUACUGAGCUAGAUGGACGUCUUUGUAAGAGUGGGGUCACGUCUGCAAUUGUAUAUUUUUAUAUUGUGUUGAUCAUAUUUUAAUUUUAGAAAUACUGUAGCAUAAUGCUUUAACUUGGAGCAAGAAUCCUUUCUAUUAUACCGUACAGUGGGCCCAAACAUGUGGAGAUACACAAUAUGAUCAAAACUAUAUGGACACCUGACCAACACCAGUAUUUGGGCUUUCUUCAAAUAGUUUCCACUCCACACUUGUAUAGGAUGUCUUUUUGUAUACUGUAAUUUGACAGUUUCCCUUCAGUGGAACAUGAAUGAGAUCCGUUGUUUGUCGAGGAUGGAGUGGAAGAACAUGCACAGAGACCUGAACUGAACACCUUUGAGAGGAACCUUUUGAACUAGAAUGCCUACAUGCCCCAAGCCACCUUCUAAAAUCUAGUAGAAAGCCUUGCCAGGAGAAUGGAGGUGAUUGUAUCAGCAAUAGAGGAAAUAAAUCUGGACUGGAACGUUCAAAAAGCUCAAAAGGAUAUGGUCAGCUGUUCACAAACCUUUGGCCAUAUGUUGUAUUACUUUUACAUUACGUAUUUUUCAUGCUCCAUAGGUAUGGUAGAGAUGUAAGGAUGAUCCACUGUGUGAUUUGUAUUAAGGAACCUAGUUAGUAUUAGUUCUAAAUUUUCUUAGAGAAUGUGGCUGUCCUGAUAAUUGCAUCAUGUUCUUUGUGGACUUUCUAUCUUAACUAAGCUUCAAUUAUAAGUUAGUGCUAGGAGUGCUUUAUAAAGUAUUUCGUUCUUUUACUCGAACACUCUUCCUGGAUUCCAGACUGCAAAAAGGUGAUGUGAGAAUUGUCAAUGAGAUGUCAAAUGAAAUGGCAAUGCUUUGGUUGACUUGGAUGAUUUACUUUCUUAAAUAAAUCAGUGGUUUUAUUACCAUGAUAUUUGGAUUGCUGUGCAUGAGUACAGGUGACAAGGGUAUUGCAUUUCUAGACCUGUGUGUGUAUUGCAAUAAUCUGAUUGUAAUGGCAAAAUUACACCUUAAAGACAACUCUACAUUAAAUGAACUACACAUCCUGAAAA